AUGCCAUGGAGAUUUUCCAUGCCCUACGAGGAAGUCUGGGAUGUAGUUGCAGGGUGUAGUUGUACUAGCAUCGGUCAUAGAUUCGCGCGGCCACUACUCAGCGCAGCACGGCAAUACCGCGCUCGCCCGAAAACGCACGUGCAUCGACGAAGCGAUGGAGAGUGUCACUUUUUGUCUUCCUGGUGCUCGCGGGAAGUAGAAAAAGAAGCAAUAAAACAGCUGCAGCGCCUCAUAACAGCCUCGAUCCGAUUGGAUGGAAUGAUUUUGACCCUUAACCUUGAAUAUUUACGCGGAGGAGGCUGUAUUGAGGUGUAUAUUAACGGAGGAGGACGUGGUAGCUAUAGUACUUUGCGCGAUUCAUUCUGAAGCCGCCAGGGCUGACUGAGAUGUUGAGUCUCGGCUCGCUUUCUCGUCGUCGUCCCACUUGUUCUUUUAUGAUUUUACUUCCCGAACAUGAGCAAGCUUCUGAGGCUCACCACUAAAAA